AUGAACCUCGAUCAGCAUCCACCGGAAGCUGUGAAGGUGGCCAAACCACAAAACUUCCUUUUACUACCAGGAGGUGACGACGAAACGACAAACAAUGAGUCGGAUGGUCAUGAGAUAUCCAAGGGUGGCAACAGAAAAGCACAUGGACCACGUUGGACAAUUGGCAAAAACACCGCAACUUCACCCACGGACGCCUAUGGAACAAUCGUGUUUGAAGGAUGUGUCCAUCAAUCCCGUGCACAGUACGUGAGAACUAGCUUCGACACCGAUCCAGCAGCUUUGAAUCAUCUUUUCCAUGUGGUGUGGAAAUUACCUCCACCAAAACUAGUCAUCACAAUUCAUGGAGGGCUGACGAACUUUGAUCUGCAACCGAAAUUGGCACGAAUCUUCCGCAAAGGAAUACUGAAAGCGGCUCGAUCGACCGAUGCCUGGAUAAUCACGUCGGGGCUAAACACCGGUGUUGUACCACAUGUCGCAUCGGCUCUUGAGGACCUUGGUUCAACGUCACGAUCUCGAACCAAAGUGAUCGCAAUUGGCGUGGCACCGUGGGGCAUGCUCAAACGAAGGAAUCGCUUCAUUGGAACGGACGUUUCAGUACAUUAUGCUACAAAUCAGUUCAACAAGUCGCGACUGGCUGAACUGAAUGACCGCCACUCUUAUUUCUUGUUCGCUGACAAUGGAACCGUUGGCAGGUACGGUUCGGAAAUAAUCCUACGAAAACGACUCGAGACUUACUUGGCGCAACACAAAUCCUCAUCAGUUCCGGUCGUUUGUGUGGUGUUGGAGGGUGGAGCGUUCACAAUCAAAGUCGUUCACGACUAUAUCACAUCUACACCACGGAUUCCUGUUGUGAUUUGUGAUGGAAGCGGACGAGCGGCUGAUCUACUGGCUUUCACACAUCAUGCGAUUGGAGACGACGGAAAACUGACCGACUCAGUCCGCAACCAACUGAUGUCUUUGGUAGAGAUGGUAUUCAAUUACGAUGAGAAGAAUGCCGCUCGAAUCGUCCGUCAACUGAUCGACUGCGCCCGUCAGAGGAAUUUGAUGACCGUAUUCCGUCUCGGGGAACAACGUCAGGAAGUCGAUCAUGCAAUUCUCACAGCUCUAUUGAAAGGCCAAAACCUCAGUUCACCUGAACAACUGCAGUUGGCGUUGGCAUGGAAUCGUGCUGAUAUUGCUCGAUCGGAAAUUUUCACACUUAGGGACGAUCUUCACAACGCAGAUGAUUGGGCAACGCUUUAUGCCAAUGACCGAACAGAUUUCGUUCAACUGUUGCUUGAAAACGGUGUUUCCAUGAAUAGAUUCCUGACCUAUGGUCGUCUGGAGCACCUCUAUAACACGGACAAAGGGCCCCCUCAUACGCUCCGCUCCAAAAUGGGGAUCACGUCAAAGAAACAUCACAGAAUAAGGUUGACAGAGGUCGGCCAUGCUAUGGAGGAUCUGAUGGGCCACGCGUAUAAAUCGAAUUACACCAAGGACGACUUCAAAGCAAAAUAUUUCGUAUUUUCCAACCGAAGGCAGGUAAGAACAGUUAGUUUCCAAGAAGAGCAGUGUUCCCGAUGA